CCUCUCUCUCCCUCCCACUCUAUCUUCUACCAACACUGUCUUCUUUGGAUCAGCCUAGUAGGCUAUCCACUACAACUCUGUAUCCUCUGGACCAGCCAAGUGGGCUAUCUACUACGCUUCUCAUCGCCUGCUACGAUACUUCAUCUUCUCCCAUCUGUGCCUCCCCUGAAUCAGUCCAGUGGACUCGCCUCUCGUCAUCUGUACGCAGACGUCAUCUGUGCACAGACGUCAUCUCCAUACAUCAUAGCUUGGCUAACUCUGACUUUUCUGGAUCAGCCCAGUGGGCUAUCCACCAUACCUUUUGCUAUCCCAACGUCCACGCAAAAAUGGAACCUUCACGCAUGACACGAGCUGUUCACUCUCUUACCCACCAGGCGUCGUUCAGAGACGCUGUAAACAGCAUCCAGCAAGCUGUGAAAGAUGCCCUUCCCUCAAAGAAGGGGUACGAUUCUGUCUGCGUACUGACCUUGAGAUGGGCAAAUGACGACUUGGGACUUGCCGAUAUAGAGAAGGAACUUCUUAAAUUCUUCUCUGUGGGUUAUCAUUACGCCACGGACUCCAUUCUCAUGUCCUCGCUGUCAAUACCCGAUGCACUUGAUGAUAUUCGUGAAAGGAUUGGGAAGCUGAUCGCCAAGUACGAUACCCCCACAAGCCUCUUUAUCAUUGUGUACGAGGGCCACUCGUCUAUAUCUCCUGCAGGGUUCAGUAUAUUUGGCACCACGCGUGGAAACCCUCCGACUCUUCUAUGGGCACAUGUCGACGCCGAGUUGCUGCGAAUCCGCCUUGCGGACAAGUUGGUUAUCCUAGACUCCUGCUUCUCGACCGCCGCCGCAUUAGGUGGUGGCAACAACGAGUACCUUGCAGCGUCUUCCUUUGAGUCUGAAGCGUCUGGAUGUGUGGAACGAAGUUUCACACGUCGCCUUCUUGAUCUGCUGGGUAACUUGAAUUGUCCCGAGAUCACUGUGGCACAACUCCAUGCCAAGCUAGUCAAACAGGCCAACAAUCGUCAUAGUGAACUGGACUAUACCCCCGUGCACAUUUCACACAUGAAUAAGCCAUCCAUUACACUACGUCCACUCGACAAAAUGCCGAGAGAGGUGGCAGCGCUGAGAAUGACAGGGGAACUGGCAGAUGGGAAAGUCUUGAUUUCGGUUCUCCUCGACGGGAAAUCAUCGAUACCGAAGAUUGGCGAUUGGAAGAAAUGGCUCAUGACAUCUAUCCCGGAGGCUGUUGCUGAUAUCAAAAUAGAAGCGGUCUUUGAAUCAACAUCUAGCCUCUGCCUAGUUACGAUGCCGGUGGCUGUCUGGGACAUGCUCAAGAAAAAUGAUGCUUACGACUUUGUGGCUUACGUGGAAUCACACAAUCUCCUCCUUCAUCAGCCUGGCCCCUCAAGCAUCUUAGAAGGUCGGGCGGGCAACGUGCAGCUUCCCACACGAGAAAAGUAAAAGUCCUGUAUUCUCUGCCAUCAUCCUUGUUCGCGCUUGCUUUGCUGUAGUUUAGUUCUGCGUACUUCGAAGAACAAUGAAGAAAGUAUCUUGCUAAUUCC